UGGAUGUGAUCAAGAAAUCAAGAAGGCAGUGAUCACGGAUAAUCCCAUAACAGACGACUGUUUUACCGAUAAUGAGUUCAUUAAUUAGAUUUUUCAGUUUGGUGGUGAAUAAUUAAUCUUAAAAAUACGGACUGUUUCAGUAUUUUGAUGAUAUAUGUAGGUUAUAGCUAUUGCCAUGAUUUAGAAUUUAACUAAAUGGGUGUUAUCGCGAAGAGCCUCACGUUGUGACAUUCUAGUUGAGUUGGUGGUUCAGGAGAAGUUAAGCCUAUGAGUAAUGAAUUUUUGUACGGUAGGUAAUUUGUUAGCUGACAGUGUGUUUUCAGAGAAAGUGAUUUGAAAUUGUUCAAAUUCUAUCACUUCUGUGCUGUGCGAUUUGAAAUGUGUUCUAACAUAUUCAGUUCAAAGAAAGUAUAGUACGUGAAUGACUAAUGACUAUAUAAUAACAUUUUUUUUUUCUUGCAAAUUUAUAAUUACAGAAAUGAACUUCGUGGAAGUAUAUUUUGUUCUUAGUAACGUAUUAUUUCUCGGCAUUUACGAAGAAAAGCAUCACUGAAGUCAGGACCACUCAUCUUGUUACUUGUACUACAAACAUGAAGGCUGAUUAGAAGAAAUGACCCAUCAGUGGAGCUGUUUGGAAGCAUUACCAAUUGGUCUUGUGUGGCUCAUCUUACUGUUAAUUGUGUUUCCGUUCAAACUUGGGUGGAGAUCAGUAAGCACAGGCUGAAGCUUGGGACUCUGCUGCAAGAUAAUGCCACGAGAAAAUGAUGAUAGGCCAGAAGGUGGGGCAGGAAGAGGAAUGGCUGCUGAACCAGUGGCAGCAGGAGCAAUUGGAGAGGGCGGUGGUGGUAACGCUGGGAAUGGUCCUCUCCCUGUUGGAGAUAACAUUGGUGGAGGAGCAGGCAACAACAAUACCAACAACAAUAAUCGUACUCGGAAUAACAACAAUCAGAAUCCCCUCAUCAAUGUUAGAGACAGGCUUUUCCAUGCUUUGUUCUUCAAAGCGGCCUUAGCAUAUGCGCGCACUUUCCCAAGACCUGUGAGAAGGUUCCUUGAAUUUAUAGUGUUAUUAAAGGCUAUCGCUGCCUUUUUCGUGCUGGCAUACAUACAUGUAGUAUUUUCACGCUCGCCUACAAAUUGUCUAGAACAUAUAAAAGAUGACUGGCCUAGACAGGGAAUUUUACGUGUUGAAAUACUUCGUAAUGGUGCUGAUGACUACAAUAUUGAAAAGUCAUAUGCCAAAGAAGAGAAGCUUAGGCAUGAAAAUGUUGGUGAUCUGAGUAGUGUAUUAGGAAUUCUUGCAAGAGAUGGGUUUGUUAAUAUUGAACCAUCGGCUGUGGAGGAGGUUGCGCAAGACCCAAAUGGUGUGUCAGAAGCAAGUUUGAGCAACAGCAGUAUAGAUGGAAAGCUGCUGAGUACAGACGUUGGCGGUAGUAUUCUUGCUGUUGGGGAGGAAUCCACUAAACUUAGGAUAAUGAAUGUCUCCGAAAACACAGAUGCUCCAGCUGUUUCAUUAACAGCUUGGGAUACAACAUCUCCUGAAACUGGGCAGGUUCCUGCUGAGGCUGAUACAGGCCAGCCUGAAGGUUUGGAUCCACAAGAAGAGUUCAUUCUUCACACAAAUGAAACAACACGAAUGGAUGAAUCACUGAUUGGUGAUAAAAUCAUUGCUCCUUUGAAAGAAUCAGUGUCUGAAGUCGAGAAACUGGUUCGAGCAGUGUUGCCAGAGGAAGAAUACAUUGUGGAGUAUUCACUGGAAUAUGGAUUUCUGCGUCUUUCUCCGGGGACUCGUCAGAAACUCAACAUACCUGUGAAAAUUGUGACCUUGGAUCCCACUAAAGAUUCGUGCUUUGGUGAUGCAUUCAGUCGCUUUAUCCUGGAUGAAUUUCUGGGAUAUGAUGAUUUGUUGAUGGCAAGCAUCAAGACGCUUGCUGAACAGGAGGACAACAAAGGUUAUCUCAGGAAUGUGGUAACAGGAGAACACUACCGCUUUGUGAGCAUGUGGAUGGCCCGCACAUCCUAUUUGGCUGCAUUUUUCAUAAUGCUAGUUUUUACUGUGUCCGUAUCCAUGCUUCUGCGGUAUUCUCACCAUCAAAUUUUCAUUUUUAUAGUUGACUUGCUUCAGAUGCUCGAGUUUAACGUAAGCAUUACGUUUCCCGCAGCUCAGCUUCUGACUGUCAUUCUUGCUCUUGUUGGAAUGGAAGCUAUUAUGUCCGAAUUCUUCAACGACACAACAACUGCCUUCUAUAUAAUACUGAUCGUGUGGAUAGCUGACCAAUACGAUGCCAUUUGCUGUCACACCACCAUUACCAAGCGACACUGGCUGAAGUUCUUCUACCUGUAUCACUUCUCGUUCUAUGCGUAUCAUUACCGCUUCAAUGGUCAGUACAGCGGUCUGGCCCUCGUCACGUCAUGGCUCUUCACACAGCACUCGAUGCUCUACUUCUUCCACCAUUACGAGUUGCCAGUGAUACUUCAGCAGGCUCAGCUGCAGCAGCUGCUCCUACGAAACCAGCAUCAACAGCAAGCUGCCGCUGCCGCUGCUGCUGCCGCCGCCGCAGCCGCCGCCGCUGCAAGUGCUGGGGCUUCCCAACAGGCACCAGAAGUUCCAUUGCAGCGGUCAAGUCCCGAGGAAGCCAGCAGCACUGUCAAUUCAUCUCCAUCUCCUGGUAAUGAGGAGAGCAGUCUGCAACCCUCAUCGACGCCGCUGGCGUCUCCAGAUGCGGCAACGUAUGUGGUUGGUGAUAGCUUCACCACUGUUGAUGAGCCAGGCCCAUCAUCUGCCUCACCUCUCCAUGUUACUCCAGUGAAUUCUGUGUCUGUUGACAGUGGAGGCGAAGCGCCAAUCUCUUCCUCUUCCUCUUCCUCCGGAGUUGUGGCCAAUAAACGUGCGGCGCUGACUGAAAUGAAUGCUGGUGAUAAUGAUAUUGUAAAGAUAUCGAGUGAUUCUAUGCCUAUGGCAGAACAAGAAGGAAAAGAGGUAAAGGUUACACCUACCACUAGUCUUGACACCCAGUGAUAGAGCAACAACCUUAGGUUGAAAAUUUAUGUUGUCCUUACAAUGGAGAGGUACUUUAAUAUGGGACAAAAACAAGUGACUACAAGUGUCCCCUUCCAAACCGUGCAUAUGUUGUUCCCUGUCUGUAUGCGUGAUCAGGUGGAGAUGCUGGUACAGCCGAUGUGAUUUGUGUGCCUGUUACGUGAUAGAGAGUUAUUACAAGUGAAGUAUAAACGUUUAAAAUUCUAUUUUGUACAAAGUAAUUAUCCCACAAAGGUAUCAGCUCACGUAGUGGAUUUACGUUUGUGAUGUUUCAAGUGACCAAGCUUGGCUGGUUACAGUAGAACGUACUCGUAAUAUAAUAUAAUAAUGUAAAAGAAUAACUGUAUUUGAAGAUGUAACUUACAUAGUUUGACACUUACAUUGCCCGUCUCUGUUCGGUUGUCUAAACAGAAGUACCUUGAAUAGUGACUUUUUAAAUUAAGUUACUUAUAAAAUUCCAGAGUAGUUUUUUUUUUAGUUACUGUUUCGGUUGAUAUUAACGUGACUCAUUUGGGAUGUUUGGUUUGUACAAAGUGUAUUAUUUUAAUGUGUAUGAUAAACUUGUAAGAAUCGUGUGGAACAUUGUUUGGGACUUCAUGCUGUAGGCCCCUAAUGCAAGGUCAUUAUCAUGUAUCUCGUUCCUAUAUGAAGAUGGGUGUGAAUGUUGGUGCAUUCACGAAUAGGAAACACAGUGCCCCAUACCAUCACGGUUGCAGUCAUGUAUGUAGCUUUCACCCACAAAAUGAAAUUAAAGCGUUUAGUUGCUGUCAUAUGAAAUUAUUCUUUAAUAUUCUAAUGUAAUCAACAAAUCACAUUGAGGUUUUAAUCAUGUAUAUCGGUAAUACUGUCAUUGCUGUCGAAAUAGAUUGAUUGGUACAAUUUCUAGGGAUAAUAUACAAAUUGGCAAUAAGGUGGAAUGGGGUAGAAGGAAAACAUGUUUCUGGGACAAAUUGGUCACAAAAUUCUCAUCACGUAGUUGUUCAGAGAAUAUCCGUGGUGUGUAUAGUGCCAGUUAUCGGUUUAAGGAUUUUGUUUUUGCCAGUUGAACGAAGUCAUCCUGUCAUUGGAUCUUCAUCUGAACUAGGAAUGAAGUCCUGAAAUUAUGGGUAAACAUCAGUUGUCCAGGUCUGUCCCAACACAGGCGAACAUAAAACAUUAGUUAUUGUACAUAGAGACAGAAUAAUGUUUGUACACAGUAUAAACAUUUGUUAAAAUUUAAUUUAUCAGAAAUAGUUGGGAGAACAUUUCGAACACCUGCUAUGGCCAUGUAUGGUAGUGUCUUUAAAUAAUUUGUAAUGUAAAUAUAAAUUCCAGUGACUGAGUGAUAUGUAGAUUAAUAUAAAAAGUAUGGCUGCAGAACUCAUAUAAUUAAAACUCUAAAAUAUUUCCCGGUAUACAAAUUGAAGAGGCAGAAAAUUUGUGGCUUUGUACAGACUAUGAGAUGAAAUUCAGUAUGUAUUCAUAUGGAAGAAUGCUGUAUAAAUAGUACAGGAAGUCAGAUGCAUUUAUGUUCUCUGGAUGUAGUUACUGUGUAGACAUGGAGUUAGAAACAAUUUGUCGUUGGUCUGCAAAGUUUUCAUGAGGCUUCUCUCUUGGCCCUGAUGAAGGAGUCGGGGAGUGUCAGCAGCAUUAACUGUAUAAGGGUCGGGCAGUCCAUCUUGAGUGAAAGAAAAAUGGAAGUAGUCAAUUGUGGUUGUGCCUUCAUUGCUACAAUUUUAAAAUUAAUAACAGAGACCAACAACUUUUCAAAUUUCUUUGAUAACAUAAUACAAAACAAGCCCCUUUUAUGUAUGCCGGUCACAAAAAUUGACAGACAAAGAAGCUGUAACAUCCUCGUCAUUUUUUGUUCUGCAUUCUUUUUGUAUUCAAGACACAAAUGUACAUGCCGCUUAUUACACUCUUUGAAAUGAUGAAAUUUAAAUGAAAAUAAACGCUUAUUCACUAGAAAAUGUAA